AAUCCCUUCGGCUUCCACCGCCCUCCGAAUUUUCGCUUUUACACCAAAGAAGCCCACCACUGGCUCAACGGCAUGGUGACGAUCCACAUCUAGCCCAAAUUCUGAAGGCAGGAACCUCUGGGGUGUGUUUCAUCGGGUUAUGGGAAUCGGGAGGUGAACAUGGAUGUGGUGUCAGGUGUAUUACAAAUCGGACCGUGCGACACCGAAUGUGCAACACGAAAGGUCCGAGUUGGUGUUACAAAAACGGAUGGUCCAUUUUGUUGCAUGGUGAACACGCGGCACGCGAAUGUAGCUCCCCAAAGGGUGCCCCACAGACCAAAACGCGGGAUGUAUUAAGGACUCUCACCCACCAUCCGAGUUAUUACUUUGAGCCUUCACUUUCAACCUCAAAACUCCAUAGUUGUGCUUCCUUUCUCUGCUGCUGGUGGGUUUGCAUGGUGGAGAAAAUAACAAAAUGUCAAAAAAAAUAAAUUUAAAGAUGUUGAUCGCCCUGAGCUUCAUAUUAUGCACUAUCUUAGUCAUUCUGAUUAUAAAUUAAGAAUGUUGACCUGUGACCAUCCAGUUCCGCCGGAUCGGUACAACGAUCAAGUGGAGGAGCAUUUACGAGUUACUGGAUUCUAUCAUGCAUCUCAAAUUGGUGUCGUACAAAAUCAGAAAGCACUCGUGAAUGCUCUAAUCGAACGCUGGCACCCUGAUACACAUACGUUUCACCUUCCAAUUGGUGAAUGUGCCGUAACUCUUGAAGAUGUUGCUCUAAUUCUUGGUCUUCCGACGGAUGGUUUUCCAGUUACUGGGAUGACAAUUAGUAAUUUUUCAGCGUUGGAGGUGGAGUGUUUGCAUCAGUUUGGAAUUGCACCACGUAAGUCGGAGUGUAGAGGAUGCUGCAUAAAACUGACUUGGCUACGGAAUCUAAAAGAAAACAUUCAGUUGACUGAUGAAAUAAGUAUACAGAGGUAUGUGAAGUGCCACAUUAUGUUGUUGAUCGGGACGAUCUUGUUUGGGGAUAAAUCUGGGGCAGGUGUGCAUUGGAAGUUUCUACCCUUGCUUCGUGAUUUUGCGAGUAUUGGACAGUAUAGUUGGGGAUCGGCAUGCCUAGCACACCUCUACAGGGCGUUAUGCAGGGCAUCUCGUUAUAAUUGUAAGGAAAUGGAUGGUCCAAUAACACUUCUGCUCGGUUGGGCUUGGAUCCGACUGCCAUAUCUAUCGCCGCUUCCUAGGGAACCCCACAGUUUUCCACUAGCCAACAGGUGGCGUAACUGGGAGCGUGGUUACCGACGAUAUAGAUAUCUGAAUCUAGCUCACUUUAGGAAGGCCUUUGAUGAACUCCAGGAAGGCCAGUUUGUGUGGGUUGCAUAUGCUGUGGAUCGCGUGGAUCCGAACAUCAUUCCACAGGGAGUACCUCCUCAAGAGUGGAGUCUGGACAAGGCCAAUGGAGAAGUCCUGACUGGUCCUAAGAAUCUUAACUGGGCCACAAUACCGAGUCAUUCAAGUUGGGUUAUGCAUUGGACAAACAGGUAUAACUACGUCCUUUCUGAGCUUCCCAUGAAUUCACAGCAUCCAUUGGAAACUUACAUGGACUGGUACCGGUCAAAAUAUGGGGACCGCUUGAACUUGUCGAAUCUUGUGGGUCAAGACAGUGAUGAGGGUAAUCAGGAUAUGGAUGAGGGUAAUGAGGUUAUGGAUGAGGAUAAUGAGGGUAUGGAUGAGGAUAGUCAGGAUGCGGAUGAUGACAAUGUGGAACUGGAGCCACAGUCGCCGCAAACAUCUAUUCUGAAUCCACUUCCACAAGAACAACCUCAGUUCUCAAGCCAGUACGUACCUCAGACACAGUUCACCCCGUCAUUUCCAAUGCAUCAACAAUAUUGGGGUAUGUCACAGUUUGAACCCAGAGAAGGAGGUUCUUUUAGCCAAUUGCUUGGGUUCAUGGCUGCAGAUGCAGGACAAUCACAAUAUGGCAAUCAGCCUGAGUUCCUGGCGGGUAGGUAUUCAUUGGAUGCGGGGCUCCCGUGCCAUACCUCAUCGGUCGCUUCUGGAGGGUUCGUAUCUGUUGACUCUAAUAGAAGUGAAGGUGGAUGCGGAGUUCUUAAUAGUCAAAAUUCUAACCGUAUUUCCAUGGGACCUCUUCAAGAAGAUGCUAACACACCCGAGCUAGAUACGAAUGCGUAUAUAGUAGAUAACCCGAAUGAGGAGGAUGAAAUAGAGGAGUUCGAUGAGGAUGAGGAAUCCCACAAUGAUGGUCAGGCACACACUCCGGAUGACAAAGGCAAAUGUUACAAUUUGAGGAUUGAUCCGCCACGUCGCAGCGCUAAUCGAUAUACUCCAUCUGUGUUCAAAAGGGCCGCAAAGAAAUGCAAGAACUUUGUGAAUGAUGUAAAGUGGACAAUAAAAAAGUAGUUGUGGUGUAAUACUCUUAUUUUUGUCUUAAAAAUGUGGACUAUGUUUAGGAUACUUUGCAUGUGUUGGACAUUAUGUAUUAAUGAUUUGGACUAUUGUAUGUUUAGAGUAUUUAUGUAUUCAUAAUAACGUGGACUAUGGUAUGUUUAGAGAUU